GGUAGUAGCAGCGUUUCCCAUGUAGUCGAAAAUGGGACUCCGCACAGGGUUGUAGAGAAGGACUCUGACAAAUACGAUGACAACUGCUGCAAUGAAAGGAAGUCUGCUAGUACUAGGCACAACAGGAGUUCGGAGCUGCGUAUGGCAAUAGACCGGGCCCUGAUGAGAAGAAUCGCAACGACUCGGGCACUCUUUUCGAAGCCUGACAAUGCGACUGAAAGGGGCGGCGAGAGACUGAUUUUCAUGUCCUGGAUUCUGAGCGAUUAUCUGACUGGCCUUAUCACUCGAAAGAUGAGAGCAGCGGCGGAUAGUUCCCCCCUCCUCUCACGACCAGAAGACGAGCCAGCAGGAGGGGCGGCGAGAAUCAAUGGCAACGUUCUUCCAUUUUUUGGCGAUGCAGUUCCAGUUGCUGGUGAUCGUUUCCUGCGUGUCAACCACGUUUUUCGGAUGAAUAUUUUCCCGAAAGGCAGCGAGAAAUUCAAAGCGCAUUUCGAUACCCCUUUCGUGCACGCAAGCAAGGGGAUUUUCUCGCGAUACACCCUGUUGAUAUAUCUGACACGAGGCAAAUCAUUUUAA